UUGUGGAAUACGUAGAUGAAAAAUUUUGUAAUUGUACGGAUUUGUAUGUUGUAAUUUGUAAAUAAUGUCGGAAAUCGAAGAAGACGUCAAUAGAGAAGAAUUCAAUCGAAGAAUUGAAGAAAUGUUUAUAUCCAAGAAGGCUCCAAACACAUUACUACUAUCACGUUCCAGGUAUAACACGCUUAUCGAACAAGUUAAAGCGGCAAAGUUAAAAACAAAGAAGACGCCCGCGGACUAUCGACGUGCAAAACGAUAUGAUGUGAUCAAAACAACAGAAGGAGAAAGGCUCAUAAUGGCCGCCAAGCCCGGUCAAACUACGCAACAAGUAUUCGUGACUAUGGACGAAAUAUACGACGUUGUACGUGUCAACCAUUUGAAAUUAAUCCACGGUGGCCGAACAAGAAUGAUGGAAUUUAUAAAACCGAUGUACAAAAACGUCACCGCUGAAUGUGUGUCCGUUUACUUGUCUAUGUGCAAGGGUUGUAAAAAUAAAAGUUUUAAAAGAGAAAAACGGUUGCCUAUUAUACCAGAUAAUAAUUCGGAAUUACAAGAAGGAGCUUCGCAUAACUCUGAUGAAGAUGAUACGACAGAAAUUGACCCCUUCAAAAUUAGCAGUUCAGAAACACUAGUUGAGAUUCCAGUUCAAGAAAGACAAAAUCCUAUUUCAGGAGAAACUUACCCUGAACUUUAUUCUAGAGGACAAAUAGAUAUACUAGCGGUGACAGGAGACGAAACUGAAGAAUAUAAGUAUAUGCUGGUUUAUAGAGACUUUAUAUCCAAAUUUACUCAUCUAAGAGCAUUGAAGACAACCUCUAUCGAAGAGUCCGUUGAUAAUCUACUUGAUAUUUUCUUGGUAUUUGGUGCACCGAACAUUCUGCAAUCUAAAAACGGGACCGCCUUGACAGCCCCGAUUUGCAAACGAAUAACGGUAUUAUGCCCCGAUAUUAUAAUUCUCACCUCCGAAUCUAAUUUUAGAGCUCAAGAUUUAGAAGGAAAGACAAAUGAGGAUAUUCUUAAGAAAAUGAAUACGUGGUUGUCGAGAAAUAAGAAAGCGAAAUGGCAAAAGGGCUUGAAAUUUGUUCAGCAUUCGUUGAAUACGAAAUUUCAUGCUACUUUAUGUAGGACGCCUAGUGAAUUAGUAUUUGGCGUAGAUCCGAGGAAAGGUAUAGCGUCAGCAUUGCCUAUGGAUGUAUGUCAGGCUUUAUCAUCUGAUACUGAUUUAAAAAGAACUUUAGAAAAGAAGGAGAAUCAAAACACAGAGCAAAUUAUGUCGGAGGAAUCGUUGAUAUUGCCGUGCGAUUUUAUCAAAAUUGAAGCUAUGGAAGACGAGGAAAUUGAAUAA